AUUAGAGCAAAUUAUAAACCAAAGAAAACAAGAUGUGAAAUUAAAUAUAAAGCUGGCUGUUUCUGAAAAUGCCUUCAAAUUCUAAGGUUAUAGCAGCCACUCUAUUGGUUUUCACAGGAAUCUUUUAUGUCAUGUUUUAUUGUAUGGCAUCACUUGCAUCUGGAUCAUUUAGUUUAAAGCCUUUCAAUAAGCGAAUGCCAUUUGACUUCAACCAGUGCUGCUUCACAACUCCUGCAAAACAUGCACAUUCAUUUGCUAUGAUCACAACAUUCCUUUUGUCAUGUGUGAUAUUUAUGUUGCAAUUAAAAGAAAAGUUAUGGGACUAUGUAUUAUCGCUUAUCAUAAUCCAUGUUCUGGUUAGUUCCAUAGUUAUGCAAGAAUUUCCAAGAAACUGGGAAUGGUGGACACUUUUAGUGUCUUCUGGCGGAGUGUCCAUUUUAGUUGGUGAAAGUUUUAUCUAUGUGCGUUAUAAAAAAAACAAAAAUCGCACAGACAAAGACAAAGAUCCCUGUACCUGAAUUGUUUUUUUGUUAAUAUGUAAAUAGGAUUUAUUUUUGGAUUUUAUUUUUAUUAAAUAAUUUAUUUGCAUUUAAUGUACGAUAAUAUAACAAAGAAAAGGCGAGUGUUGUACUUCAUGUCAGAAUUUUACUGCAAAUGUUAAAAAAACAUGGACACAUAA